CACAGCGAUUUCCGUGCCAGCCAGACCUACUCUAUGUACUCUAACUAGCUCUCGCGUCUCGCUUCAAGCUUCGUGAGCUUCCCCGCAAACUCCCCCCCCACUACGCAUGCCUCUCAAAUUUCCACAGCCACCGUUGGGCGCAGCGACAGACGUAGCUGUAUUCCACUGUCCUUUCAUCAUCGAUGCGCCCACCGCUGGAGAACUUCGUGUGCGCCAGAAUGUAAAGGUUGUCGUUUCCCGUGAUGGCCGGAUCCAGGCGAUCGAUCCCAACCACGAAGCUGAUAAAUCCACCACUGCGAACAAAACCUGCGUGAUUGUGCCCGGCUUUGUGGAUUGUCAUGUGCAUGCGCCGCAGUAUAAACAGCUAGGAACAAAAACCGACGUCCCGCUCAUGGAAUGGCUGCAAAAAUACACCUUCCCCGCGGAAGCGGCCUUCGCCUCGACCGCGCACGCCUCAGCGGUGUACCCGCGCCUGAUAUGCCGCCUCCUGCGGAACGGUACCACCACCGCGCUGUACUUCGCGUCCAACCAUCUAGCCGCCUCCCUCAUCCUCGCCGAGACGUGUGCUAAGUACGGGCAGCGCGCGUUGGUCGGGAAGACGUGUAGCGACCAGUUGCUGCCCGAGGACUAUGUCGAGACUACCGCUGGUAGUCUGGCAGAUACAGAGGUGUUUGUAAAGUCCGUGUAUGAGCGGCAUGGCAGAAAUGGAUUGGUGAUGCCCGUGGUCACACCGAGAUUCGUGCCGACCUGCUCCCUCGAGCUGCUGCAGGGCCUGGGCGAGAUUGCGGAGAAGUACAGCUGCCACAUCCAAACGCAUGCCGCCGAGAGUGUAGAUCAAGUAGCCCUUGUCCGCUCGCAGCACCCCGAGCUCGCCCGCGACAUCGCCAUCCUGGCGUCCUGCAAGCUCCUCACCUCGAAAACGGUUCUGGCGCACUGCACGCAUCUCCACGACUCUGAAGCGCGGACAAUGGCACAAACCGGUGCCGCGAUCGCUUCCUGUCCUUACUCGAACAUGCUCUUCUCCCGCGCCGUGCUUCCAGUAAAUAGGUUUCGCUCGUUGGGCGUCAAGAUCGGCCUGGGAACGGAUAUUGCCGGAGGACAUUCGGCUAGCAUGGUCGACUCCGUUAGGAUGGCCGGGCUGGUGAGUCGCAUUGAUGGAUUCCUGCCACGGUGGGAUAGGAGUACGGAUCCUAGGGAGGAGAGCGGAGUGCAGCCUGUAGGGGAUGAGGAAGUCGUCGAUUGGAAAACGGCGUUUUAUUUGUCAACUAGGGGUGGGGCGCAAGCACUCGGCUUGGAGGUCGGGGUCUUUGAGGUCGGCAUGAGGUGGGAUGCGGUGAUGGUGGACUUGACGUGGGAUGAAGAUGAUUCCGCAGAUGAUACCCCACGGGAGAACGAGGAAGACGUCGAGAUGAAGUUUGAGAGGUGGAUUUGCUCGCAUGGUGGGGAGCAGGGGGUCAAGAAGGUAUGGGUGGAUGGGAAGACGGUUUUCGCGAGGGAGUGAGUGCAGUGCAGUGCAUUGCGAGUGAUUUUGCCAUGUUAUACAGCUAUAUACAUGGACGCUGAGUGGUUCCAUUCAUGCUAGCACGAUACCUGUCACACAGGCCAUCCGAGU